AUGGACUUGAUAAGGAAAUACUAUUCAAAUUGCUUGCUCGCCUGUACUCCUGAGAAGUACGUAAUAGACCAGAGUGAAAUAGAAUUCUCUACCACGGGGAAAAGUAGCCUAAGACUUAAAGUCAUCGAUUGGUAUUACACCACUGCAGGAAGCUUUAGUGUUAAGAAGGGUAAAGCUCGCAACAUUGGAGCUAGCCAAAAUGACAAAGAAGAAAAUUUACGAAAGUUAAGUCGAAAGAGAACACGUUAUGAACAUUUUGAUCGCAUAAGAGUUAUGGAUAAUUUACUCUUAGUCAGUGAUCAGGAAGGGGAUCAACAAAGAGAAGAGGGAGAGUGUCAUAAGAGGGGACAGCUAAAUACGUGCGAACAUGCUAACACUAAUGACAGUACCUUGAAUUGCCUAAAUGGGACAAAUCCACAUAACCGGCCUCAACCCAUACAUGUCGAAAAUACCUUCGACUUUGCAUUAUUGCCAGAACUUGGUACCCCCCUAAACGGAACGCAUUUAUUUGUAAAGACACGCAAAAAGGUUACACAUAAAAAAAGGAGUAAAAAAAAAAAAAAGGUAAGUUAA